AUGGAAGACUACCAAAAAUGGACAAGAAGGGAAGUAAAAGAAAAAAGAAAGGUCGAAUAUCGAUUUUUUCCUAAUAGAACACCAGGGCAAACUUUUUUUGUAUCAGUGUUGAUGGGUUUUUCAGUAAUGGGACUUGCCUACAUGAUUUUAGAAAUAAGUAAAAAAUUACAGGAAAAAAAAGCAAAUAAAUUAAAAUUUCAAAGAAAUCUAAGUAAAACAUAUAUACCAAUGGAAUCGGUAAGUAAAUUAAUAAUUAAUGUUCCGUAG